GUUUUAAAACACUAGAGUGUCACUGUGAGUCAGCCCUGGUUGGUCUUCAAGAUUGUCCAGUGUCUGAAUCUGCGUGCCAGAAGUGGCAUCAAGCCCGGCAUGCCUAAUAUAUAUAUAUAUAAAUAACUUAUGUAUGGAAUGGACCUAUCAAUAAAAGUUAACUUUUAUUUCGAUGCAUUUAUAAAACACACCAUACAUAAAUUCAAUUCAAUUCAAUCAGAGCUUGAGCUUUCUUUCUUUUUUGUGGAUUUUCUUUGAUGCUUGCAAUGCUCAUUAGCAGCUCUCUUUGAUUGGAAAAAGAAAAAUAUUCAUCACCUGGGAAUAAUUGCAUCAAAUCUUACGUACAUGUUUUCGAUCUUCGCAUAUCUUGAAAAUCCACUGACUACUAUUACGUCAUUCCCUUAAAAAAACCAGCAUUAUUUUUUAUUAUUUCUGGCCGUGGAUCACAUUAAAUCUUUUAUUUCCAUGUCAACGACGGUUGUAGGCCAGAGGCCAACUCCUCAUCGGCCUUUUCGUGGUCUAGUUCAAGUCGGUUAUACUAGUACUAGUACUGGUACUGGUACUGGUACUGGUACUGGUACUGGUACUACUACUAGUUCACGAGCUACACCGCCAUCAACACCUAUCGAUGUGACAACAGCCCGCGAGGAAGCUUUACUUGCAAUCUCUGUCAAUGGAUGUAUUACUGGUGUCAGUCAUAUUAAACCGUUCUUUCUACCACCACGAGGACAAGGUGAAAGUAAUCAUAGCUCUGUAGAGAAAAGUUUAGGCUAUGGAGCAUUCGGUGUUGUCUGGUCAGUUAUCGAUCCACGUGAUGGUCAAAAAGUCGCACUGAAACGGAUACCACGGGUUUUUCAUAAUCCGAUUACUGCUAAACGUGUCCAUCGAGAGUUGAAAAUGCUUUCGUGUCUCAAACAUGAAAAUAUUGUUAAUUUAAUCGACGUUGUCAAGUCGGAGAGUUACCUUAAUUUCGAAGAAAUUUACUUUCUAUUCGAAUUAAUGCAAACGGAUCUGCAUAAAAUCAUUGUCUCACCACAACCCUUAUCAUUGGAUCAUGUAAAGAUAUUUGUAUAUCAAAUUCUACGAGGUUUGAAAUAUCUUCAUUCCGCUCGAAUUAUUCAUCGUGAUAUUAAACCUGGAAAUAUGUUAGUAAAUUCCAAUUGUCUUCUUAAAAUAUGUGAUUUUGGUUUGGCACGUAUUGAUGAUCCAUUUGGAGAGGCACAUUUAACUCAAGAAGUUGUUACACAAUAUUAUCGAUCACCUGAAUUACUGAUGGAAGCAACACGUUAUUCAUAUGCUGUAGAUAUUUGGAGUGUUGGAUGUACAUUUGCUGAGCUGUUAGGUCGUCGGAUCCUAUUUCCUGCUCGUAGUCCAUUGGAACAACUGGAGUUAAUCAUUAAUCUUACAGGUAGUCCUAGUCCUGGUGAUUUAGAAAGUUGUCAUCCAGACGCCUGUUGUUUUGUUCUAUCAUCGAGACUACGUGAUCCAAAUCUGUCUAUUCUGUAUGCGCUAACACCUGAUGUGAAUGAGUUAACUGUUCAUCUGUUGGGCAGUAUGCUCAAAUUCAAUCCGCGACAGCGUAUAUCCGCCAGUGAUGCAUUAAAUCAUCCUUUCCUUGAAGAAGCACGUUUACGUUAUCAUUCAUGUAUGUGUUCGUGUUGUCAUGAUGUCUCGUCAAAUUCUGGUAAUGAAGGUGUACAAACCACUGGAUUUUGUUGUGCUCCUUCACCGUCUGCAUCAUCGUCCUGUGCUUCAUCGUCUACACCCUCUUCGGAUUCCAUGCAGAGUAGUAAUAAUAAUAAUAACGGGAAAUCUCUACAUAGAUAUGAAGCUAAAACUGCUGCCAAUGCUAUGCCAUCCGGUAGUAAUUCAGCAUAUUCUUCUUCGGGUACAGCUAGAAGACGUUAUUUUCAUGAUUUGGAUCCUAUUUGUCCAAUUCUCCUUCCGCUUGAUCUGGACUCAGGAUUUCGUCGUCUCUCAGAUGCUAAACGUGUUCUCUGGGAUAGUAUUCAAGAAUAUUAUCGUCGAGACGAUCGUUUAACAAGAGUUGUGCUCAAUCGAAACGCUGCAAAUUAUAAUAAUUUCAUUAAUUCCUCAGUUGCACAAGCCAAAGAAAUUCCUGCUAGUCACCGUUGGCAUUAAAAAAUGUAGAAAAAAAGCGAAAGAAAGAAGGAAAGCGUAAAGAAAAGAAAAAACAACAACUGUCAAUUGAAUUAGGAUCUAAUUCUUCAAAAAAAACAAAACAAUAUAUCAACAAUAUGUGCGCAUGUGUAUAGGAGUCACUAUUAACCCUAACCACCACUGGUGUGUGUUGGAUCAAUCAGUGUUCAGAACGGUGUAAAAUUGUCUUCCAAAUGUUUUCUGUUUCUUUUUCUCGUUUUUGUUCAUCAUUCGUCAUCGACAUGAUCGCCAUUAUCAUCAUCAUCACCAUAAUCAUCGUCAUUACCAAGUGAGCUGAAAUCCACUAGUGUUUGUAUGUGUUUAUCAACAGUCCAAAUGAAGAAUCUCCUGAAAUUUUAAGCAUAAAUCAGUCUCGCAGUUGUCUACUCAUCAUUCAUACACAAACAUACACCAACAAUUACUAGCUACCUAUACCAAACAAUGUUCACUAUGGGUGACUACUACAUGACUGACUACCAGUACCAGAAUAAUAAUUAGUACUCCUACAAACACUAUCAUCUUUUUUGCGUCACAACGGCUGUAGGCAUCACUCUACGUGUUAUUUCUAAUAUGUUUUCACUUUUUAUUUCCUUUUUUUUCAUUUUUUCUUAAAAUGACUCUGUUAAUGUUUUUUAUUUAUUUAUUUUAUUUAUUUAUUUGCUUGUCUAUUUAUUUUACUUUAACUUUUUGACUAUAUUUUAUUGUAUUCGUUGGUUUGUUUACAUCGUGCUUCACAUGUGUGUGCGUCCAUGUUUUAUGUUGGUUUGUUUGUUUGGAGUCGGCGGUGUCUUCUUGGUGAUGUCUGUCUUUAAGCGCUGAAUCCAACCAACUAAAAAAGAACACAUACAGUGCAGUGAUCAUUGUUCUACCGAGUAAAUAUGGGGGGUUUUUCUGCUUUUUUCUGUGUGUGUAGCACCUCCUCCUCAGCCCCUUCACACACUCCCUACUAUCAUUAUUAUUAUGAUUAUUGUAUU